GUCUGCCUAUGCCCUAAUUGCUUCUCGAACGUACGUUGCUGUCCUCUCUCUCUCUCUCUCUCUCUCUCUCUCUCUGCCUUCUUCAAUUCAACCGCUCACGCUCAGCCAUUGGGCUUGCGAUCUGUUUCUCAAUCUUCCCAACAUGAAUGCUCUGUCUAAUUCGUUAGUUUCCACCAAGCAUUCCUCACCUGCUGCUGGCUCUGCUUUGAAGUCAGUAAACCAAUGUGUCGGAAGUUUGAGCCCUAAGAACUUGUCCUUCAGUCGUAUUCAGACAAGGAAACAGCAAAUUUGCACCUCUAAAAGAACAUUCACUAUUCAAGCAGGAUACAGUGAUGGCGGAAAGCCAGGCGGGGCAGGUCUUUUCGUUGGUGGCUUUCUUUUGGGAGGAAUAGUUGUUGGCACACUCAGUUGUGUUUAUGCACCUCAGAUCAGUAAGGCACUGGCUGGAACUGACAAAAAGGAACUAAUGAGCAAACUACCCAAAUUUAUAUAUGAUGAAGAAAGAGCUUUGGAGAGAACACGGAAAGUACUGGAACAUAAGAUAGCACAGCUGAACUCUGCUAUAGAUGAUGUCUCUGCUCAGCUCUCCUCGGAAGAUGAUUCAGAUAGAGUGGCAGUGGUUGCAGGUGAAGUAGAAGCUGCCACAUGAGCAGGGUCCCAUUAUACAAGCUGCUAUCAUUGGUCUUCACUCCAGUAACUGUCAGAUAAAGAAAUUACAUUUGAAUUUGUUGUUUCCCUUUUCUUUCUUGAGAAUUAGUAUGGCUCUUUUAACGUGACAGUUUUGAAACAAGGGAACUUAGUUCCCAGAUUUGAGCAACAAUUUUUAAUGUGGGCUGAUAUCUAAAUACAGUUUUCUAUCA